GGUAGUUCCUCCUCUUCGAGAACGCAAGCGUGGCCACACACGACCAUUAAGGGAAGCGGCAAGCAUGUCUGCGCGUGGCGGCGCCCGUGGCAAGAAGCGGGAAAACAUGCCCGCGGACACUCAGGGGCGGGAAACGGGUCGGCGGCAUGUCCCCAAGGCGAAGAGGCUUCGUUCGGAAGAAGCAUCAGCAAGCCUGCCUCUUCGGCGAGAGCGAUAUUGGGCUACAGCUAACGAGGAGGAGGAUGACGACGUGUUUACGACGGAGGAAGAAGCAGCAGAGGACACCGCGAAGGAGGUUGUCGUCGACGUCGGCGGCGAGGACGACGAGCCCUUGGAAAGCCGUAGGCAGCGCAAUGUCACACAAGGCGCCACGGCAACGGCGCUCAAGAUACGUGGCGCGACUGAAGAAAGGCCACCUCAGCGUGGCCUGCUGUCCACGCCGUCUCGGCCGCGUCUGCGCAACACGGUUGUAGAGGGAGGCCCCAUGGAACGCGGUGGAGGUGAGGGGGCCCAGCAACAAGCGCGCGUGGCGAGUUGGGGGGCGGUCGCUGGUGCAGCCGCUGGGUCUUUGGGCAUUGUUGCUGCCGUGGCGAGAGCGAGAGAGGAGGUCCAUGUUGUGGAGCAGGAGGUGCCACGCGGCGACAACAAGGGUGAUAGGGAGGAUGAGGACCCCCUUUUAAGCCGGGUUCGGAGGGGAGGGAUGGCGAAAGAUCUCGCCGAGCGUGCCCGCCUGUGGGUUGAUGACAAAGCAUUUUGGAUGACGGGGGGGGGGAGAAGACUGUACAACAUCGUCCACGAAAAGCGGGAGUACUUUGUCGCCAUCGCCAGCGGGCUGCAAGCGCCUGCCGUCCCCCGGAGUGUCGUCAUGCCAAAAUCCGUCACGAGCCUGACAAGGAUUGCAGAUCCCGCACAACUGCAACAGGCGAUCUCCUGCGCGACGGCAGCGGAGAACAUUGCUCUACGCGUCUUGCACAGAUGGGUCUUCAAGUCCGGGAACCGCCCUUGAGGAUACAAUCUCGCUUUCCAGUACGUGUUGGAGUUGGUGGCGACGGACAUUGCGCGUGCCAUGUGGUAC